AUGGAUCUGCAUGUUAUGCUUCCGUGGGAAGUAGAGGAAGAAAUACUCUCUCGUCUUCCACCUAAAUCUCUUGUUCGAUUCAGAGCCGUGUCGAAAAAAUGGAACUCUCUAAUCAGCGACAAGAGUUUCAUCAACAAACACUUGUCUCUCUCCCGUCCCCAGUUCAUCUUCCUAACCAAAUCAAAGGUUUAUUCGAUAGACAUCAUCAAUCAAAGUAUAGAUUUGCGUGAGCUACACACUUCUUGUAGACACCAUAUCAAAGGUUUAUUCAAUGGACAUCGUCGAUUAAAUUCAGAAUAUUUAUGCAUCACUACUUGCGAUGAUCUCUUGUUCUGUAAAUAUCCACUCUGUUUGAAGAAGGAUACAGCUCUCUGGAAUCCAUGGUUGAGACAUGUUCACUGGAUCAAGUUGUCCGUGGACGAAAAGUUUAUUGUUGUCGGCUUAGGAUACGACAGUAGUGGACCCCAAAAGAUUCACAAGAUUUUACUCUGCAUGCGUUACUUCUUCCACCAUAGAGUUGCGAUCUACGAGUGUGUCUCUCACGCGUUGAGGUUUAUUGGUACGCAUAGACCUAACGAUAUCAUGCCCAUAUCUGUAAUAGAUAAAUGGUCACAUGUGUCCUUGUAUGGAAAUUUGUAUUGGAUUUUUUACAACCGCCUGACUCAUGAGUGUUCCAUCGAAAGCUUUGAUUUCACUAGGGAGAUUUUCGAAUCCGUUUGUCUUCUUCCUAUUCAAGAUAGCCAUUCUUGCGAUGAACGUGUGCUUGCGGUUUUUAAAGGAGGUCGGCUUUCGUUUUUAAAGCAAUGCUAUUUAACAAGGAAGAUUGAGAUUUGGGUAAUGAAGAAUGAGAUUUAUGAUAAAGAGGAAGUGGUGUGGAUACACUUGAUGACUUUGACAGCAAAUAACUUGCCAAAGUUGUCUGAUAUGAUUUUGGCCGUUAGUUACUUCAUCUAUGAUGAGACUCUAUUCAUGUGUUGUGGCGAUGGACGUUCACAGCCUUGCAUCUAUGUUGUGAAGGGAGACAUGUGCAAUAAGAUUCAGAUAGGUUCUGGCGAGCUCGGUUUGUUUUCUCACUGUGCUUAUGUUCCAAACUUGAACUCGGUUCCUUUAGAAUUUCAGAUUGAAGUGAACUGUUGCAAGUCUACCAGUUUGAUACAACACAUGCAACACAAAAAUUAUAAUACAAAAGAUCUUCUUGAUGGAUUGAUUGGGAACUGA